AGAUGGAGACAACUUCUGUUUCAAAGCGACAUCAAAUGAUACAUGACGACGCCGAUAAUGUCCAUCUCGUAACUGGGGGUGGUGGUUACACGGGAUACAAACUAGGCAAACGGUUGGCAGACUUGGGAAAGAAAGUUAUUUUAGUUGAUAUAGUACCCCCAAAAUGGACACUGACAAACAAAAUGUCAUUUGUGCAGUGUGACUUGACCCACGAAGAUGAUGUAAUGACAGCUUUAGGAGGAGCAGAUUGUGUUUAUCAUUUAGCGUCAUAUGGAAUGUCCGGCAAAGAACAGUUUAACACCAAAUUGAUCGAAGAAGUUAAUAUAAGAGGAACAGAAAACGUCAUCAAGGCAAGUAUAACACACGGCAUAAGACGUUUGGUAUAUACAAGUUCUAACAACGUCGUCUUUGGAGGUCAGGAGAUCUGUAACGGAGACGAGUCUUUACCAUAUCUGCCUCUGGAAAAUUUUUUAGACCAUUAUUCAAAAACGAAGAGAAUUGCUGAACAAACCGUUUUGGAAGCUGACAAGAAGAACGUACUCCGAACAUGCGCACUACGGUUGGGGGGAGUUUACGGUGUAGGAGAACAGCGCCAUAUACCAAGAGUGGUGAAUAUGGCGCAGACAGGAGUAAUUCAGGCAUUAUUUGGCACAGAUUCUCUGACAGAUUUUUUACACGUAGACAAUAUGGUCCAAGCUCACAUCUUGGCUGCCAAAGCGUUGACCAAAGAAAAGGGAUACAGAGCGGCAGGACAAGCAUACUUUAUAUCCGAUGGGGCUCCCAUUAACACUUUUGCGUUCUUCCGCCCACUUAUAGAAGGUCUGGGCUACUCUUUACCAAGACUCCAAAUUCCAAUCUGGUUGAUGUGCUCUAUUGCAUGGCUCAUCGAGAUGGUACUUUACAUAUUGUCUGGGGUCUACGACUUCCAGCCCAUUUUAACGAGAAUGGAGGUGUACAAGAUGGGCGUCUCCAAUUAUUUUUGCAUCAAGAAAGCAUCACGUGACCUUGGAUAUAAACCAAUCAAGCAAAACGAAAUAUCCGACAUACUUCAGGACUUCAUGAAGCGAGGAUUCCAAGCGAAGCAGAAGAAUAUGUCAAUAGUGAUUCGUUUGAAUUGGUUUGCUAAUUUUAUCUUUUAUGUGGCCUUUACGUCUUUCGUCGUGUCAUACUUCCCAAUGUGGAACUACAUAACAUUUGAAAAAGCUACCUUACAUAUGUUUUUCGACAAGUGGAGCUAACACUGGGAGUAAGUGACACAGUUUUAGUGAAAAUUUCAGCGAAUUAAACAUUUUCAAUUUUUUUCUUCAUUUUUUCAAAUUGAAACAGUUGAAAAAUGUAUCUAAACGCCCGAAAUGGCAACCAAUUAUAUGGUUUUCAAUAAACAUAUUUCUUAGAUGUCCUCACAAGCAAUAUAUUGAAAAACAUACAAGAAGUGAAAUGUGCUUGGGGCUUAUACUAUAUAAUAUGUACUUAUAGAACACACGUAUGAUUUUUGGAGAAACGUUAGAUUUUCUGGUUAGUCAGUAGCGAAGGGAAACAUUAUCUAUCAAACGCUCAAUUUAAUCACAUCAAGGAGGAUUAAACUUUUAAGACAUUGUUCCAAAUCCUGCAGUAAUUAUUUUUGUGUUCCUAACUUUGCACGACCAAGGAAGAAUCUUGUGACAUUUUUUGAUUCAAAGAGUUUAAAUUUUUGACUUGAUUUUUUUUUUUUUUUUUUUUUUUUUUUUUUGCAAAUUCGUCCUUGCGUCAAGUGUUUGAUCUAAACAUAUUUGCAGUUCCUGUUGUAUAAAUAUUGAGUGAUUUUACUUUUUGCAUUUAAAUCUUUUUUUCUCUCCAAAAUUAUAUGCAUUCGAUAUUAAAGCUUCUAGAUUAACUGUUAUUUGGCAUCUAAAACUUUCUGGAAUUGCAGCUGAAAUCACCCUUUAUUCGGUGAUCUACGCAACAACAGUUUUUGCAAUGCAUUGGUACAAUUUUGUUCUUAUCAGUAUAAUUUAUUUUUACAUUAGUAUAAUAAUUUUAUUCAACAAACUGCUUCUUCAAUUGUACUUUUUUAUUAUUUAUAUCUGAUUUUUGAAAACUUUGAUUUUAGUGAUCAAUGUCGCAAAAGUAAUGACGUUGUUUUCUUCUGAAAGUUAUCGAAUCUCUUUGCCUUCCUGAUGGAAAUCUUGAAAGAUUUUUGAGCAAGAUAAUGACGUCACUUUCUGAAGAAACAAUCGAAACUUUUGAAAUCAAUGGAUAUACACAUGAAAUAUUCAGGGUUGUCAUUUUAAGGGAAGUUGUGCUUAUCUUCGUCUUUUGCAUAUGAAAAUUACAUACAUGUAUAUCGACAAAGCGAUUUUUCAUUGUUGCAUGUUAAGCAAUAUUAAUUCAAAUAAAAGAAAAACAAUCCAAUCAAUGAUUUUUUCUUAAUCUUGAUAUACAUAAAAUUAUUCGUGUAAAAACGUAGUUUUUAGAUGAUUGCUAUAUAUUUGUAUU